AAAAUCAACUUUUGUAUUGGGUUCCUUCGGAGAAAAUGAGGAACACAUAUCAUGAAGGGAAGCUCUUGGCAAUGGUGGCUUUCGCCAUUGCUGCUGCCAUUCUCCAAGCUCGUGCAGCCAUUCCAGAGAUGAAUAAGUCUCAACAAUUAUCUCGACAGAUUCACAAGAAGUUAAAGCUUCUUAAUAAGCCUGCCCUCCACACCAUCUACACUAAAGAUGGAGAUAUCAUCGAUUGUGUUGACAUUUACAAGCAGCCUGCUUUUGACCAUCCCGCUCUAAAGAACCACACCAUUCAGAUGGAACCCGAUUGGGGCGUCGAUUGGAAGAUGUCGACCGAGCAUAACGAGGCCUUUCAGGUAUGGCAAAGAAGUGGGAGUUGUCCCAAUGGAACCAUUCCAAUUCGCAGAGUUCGUGAACAAGACUUAUUAAGAGCCAAUUCUCUUGAUAGCUUUGGAAAGAAAUUUCCUUAUGAAAGCUCCAAACUCGGGAAAGAAGUCAAUCGUUCGACGGCGAUCCUGUAUACGGCCGGCUUCAAUUACAUUGGCGCUUCAGGACAGCUUAAUGUUUGGAACCCUAAAGUUGAUUUGCCGAGUGAUUUCACAGCUUCAAGAAUUUGGUUGAAAAAUGGGCCUUCGGAAAGAUUUGAAAGCGUAGAAGCCGGCUGGAUGGUUAAUCCAAGGUUGUAUGGAGAUACGAAAACUCGUCUUAGUGUACAUUGGACAGUGGACUCCUACCAAUCGAAAGGGUGCUUUGACUUGACUUGCAGUGGGUUUGUCCAAACGAACCCGAAAGUGGUGCUUGGUGCAGUCAUUGACCCAUUGUCGACCAGAGGUGGACAACAGUUCAUUAUCACGGUCGGUAUCUUUCAGGAUCCUCAGUCAAGCAACUGGUGGCUGAAAAUGCAAGGGCAACCAGUGGGGUAUUGGCCGCCGACGCUAUUUGGAUACUUGCGCAACAGCGCGACACUGGUGGAAUGGGGCGGGGAGGUGUUUAGCUCAAACAUAAAGAAAGUGCCACACACGGGGACGGGCAUGGGGAGCGGAGACUAUGCAGGGGAGCAUUACAAGUACGCUAGCUUUGUGAGGCAGCCAAGGAUCGUGGACUAUUCGCUACAGUUGAAGUAUCCGGUGAGAGUUGGAACUUGGGUUGAUGAGUAUUCUUGCUACUCUGUUGAUAAUUAUCGAAGUACAAUCCCAACUGAACCUGUUUUCUUCUAUGGCGGUCCUGGACGCAGCCGUGACUGCCAUUGAUACCAUCAAAAUCAUUUAAUAGCGUGGAAAAAGUUGUCCCUUCAAUGUGUUUCCUUAAUAUAUCCUCUAUCCUUUUU